CAAUGCAUAUAUUAUUAUAGUAGUCGUCUUUUCUAUUUGUCAUUUCUAUACCGAAAUUAGCGGGUGGAGUUCGUAUAAAAUACACCCGGCUUCCAGAUUCUGGCAGUCGUUGUUUGGCACCGGUUCUUGGAAGACUAAAAAUGAAGCAAGUUUAUCCUGAGUUUGAAAAAGCCGGCCAAGAAGAAGGCAUCGAAAUAUGGAGAGUUGAGGAUUUCAAACCCGUUGCAUAUCCCAAGGAUCAGUAUGGAAAAUUUUACGAAGGCGAUUCCUACAUUAUUCUAAGGACAAAGAUUCGUAAGAGUGGAGCCAAAGAAUGGGAUUUACAUUUCUGGUUGGGAUCCAAGACUUCACAGGAUGAAGCUGGUGCUGCUGCAAUUCUUGCUGUUCACCUGGACGAUGCCCUUGGUGGCGUUCCAAUCCAAUACCGUGAAGUACAAGAGCAUGAAUCUCAACUUUUCGUAUCCAACUUUAAAAGUGGUAUCAGAUACCUUCCAGGAGGUGUAGCUUCAGGUUUCCACCAUGUAGAUCCUGAUGCAUUUGAAACAAGACUGUUCCAAGUUAAGGGAUCAAGGAAUGUGAGGGUAAAGCAAGUUGAUCCUAAAAUAACAUCGAUGAACGAAGGAGACUGUUUCAUUUUGGACGUUGGUAAAGAUAUCUACGUUUACAUUGGAACAAAAAGCAAAAGAAUUGAACGUCUUAAGGCAAUUACCGCAGCAAACCAGAUCAGAGAUCAAGACCAUGCAGGAAAAGCACACGUGCAUAUCAUUGACGAAUUUAGUUCUGAGAAUGACGUCGAAGCAUUCUUCAAAAAUCUUGGAUCAGGUUCAAGAGCUGAAGUACGUCCAGAAUCAGCAGGAGGAGAUGAUCUUCAAUUCGAAUCAAACCAACAGAGGGUGGCAACUCUCUACAGAGUAUCUGAUUCAACAGGAGAUCUCAAAGUUGCUCCUGUUGGAGAAAAGCCUUUCUCUCAGUCUACCUUGGACACUAAUGAUUGUUUCAUCUUGGACACUGUAGAUUCUAACAUAUUCGUAUGGAUAGGAAAGAAAUGUAACAGCAAUGAGAAAACAAACGCGAUGAAAAUUGCAGAGAGUUACCUAAACACCAAGAGUUAUCCACCAUGGGUCAAUGUACAGAGGAUUGUUGAAGAAGCUGAACCUACAGCUUUCACACAGUAUUUCAAGACAUGGCAAGGUCAAAGACAAAUCCGUGGUAGGCUUGUACGAGAUGCUAGUACAGAAGAAGCUGAAGGAUGGGAAGCCAGAUUAUUGCAUGCUUCUAUCAGAGGAAAUACCAAUCAGUUUUGCGUUGAACAAAUAUUUGACUUUGAACAAGAUGAUCUUAACCCUGACGACAUCAUGAUUCUUGACGUAGGAACCAAAGUUUACAUAUGGAUUGGAGAAGGUGCAAGUGUCCAAGAAAAAUCCAAAUGUGAAGACUUAGUUACCGAUUACCUGAAGAAGUUUGGAAGAGAGAAUAUUCCAAGAAUAAGGGUCCAGCAGGGCAAUGAAGAUGAAAAAUUCAGGAAACAGUUCCCAGCUUGGAAUGAUAAUUUGUGGGACAACGAUACCAAAUAUGAUGACAUCAAAGCCCAUUUGGUUGCAAUCAACAAAGCAAUUGCUAUGCAUUAAGGGACAUAACUGAAUUUAUGUACAAUAUUUAUACAUUUUUUGCUAAGCUUUACCCAUGUUAUGUCAUGUUUUUAAGAUUAUUUUUAGUUAUAAGUUCGAUUAUGAAUAUUUAUUGAUGGAAUCUUAAUUUAUCAGAAAAAAUAGUGGAAAAUUCGCAAAAA